AAAAACGGCUUAAAACUGCCAUAACUUCUUAUCAGUGUUACAUUCUCUAUUUUCAUUCCAAAUUCACACACUAUUUCUCAAUACUUCAGUUGUUCCAAAUGAAAAUACUUCCGUUUGUUCUCAUAGCCAUUGCCAGCGCCGCAAAACAAUGCUAUGACAGUGAAGAUCGGCUGAUCAGUGGGAUGUGCUACAAACUGGUAAAUCAACAGCUCUCCUAUGACGAUGCACUUAACUGGUGUCACUACAGCAACCCUGUGGCUCAAUCCUACUUGGCAAUGGUGGCGGAUCAAACUACGGCUAGCUUUUUGGCAUCCUACGCCCGCACCACGUUCAACAUCAACGAGGGAAAAUUCUGGAUCGGCUUGUCCCGAAAGUCAUCCACUAGUCCUUGGUCAUGGGACAACGGAAUUCCCCUGCAAUGGACAAAUUUCGCGGCACCUCUGGGACAAAACUACGUAGCGCAGAGCAUGGUCAACACAAAAUGGAGCACGUACACGGGCACUGACAAGAAUUUCUUUGCGUGCAGCUAUGACCCAGAUGGUGUUCUUGCGACGACUACACAGGAAGUUCCAACGACUACAGGUGCUGCAUAAAUAGGUACAUAUUUAUGACUCCAUCUUGUAGUAGAUCUAACGUUGUAUUACGAAAUAUAUAAUUAUUUUACAUUGUUUUAUUACAUUUCAAAUCAAAAUAAAAUGUUCAAAUAUCUA